AAACCGCGGAUUCUUCCCCGGGUCCGGGCAGGCACAAGGCCCGGAAGAGGGACUGAAGAACGCGCAGGAGGAAACCACAAGGCGGGCGCGCCCCUUUCACCGCUUCCGGCGGCAGCGGGUGGUUCCGGCGCUCGCCUUGGGGGGCAGCGCGCGGCAGGCGACCGUUGGGGUUUGUAUUGGCCGUAGGGGACGCGGCCUUGGAAACCAUGAAGCUGACCGUAAAGGCGCUCCAGGGCCGGGAGUGCAGCCUACAGGUGUCGGAGGACGAGCUAGUGUCUACACUGAAGCACCUGGUCUCGGAUAAGCUGAACGUCCCCGUGCGCCAGCAACGUCUGCUGUUCAAGGGCAAGGCCCUAGCAGAUGAGAAACGACUGUCAGAUUACAACAUUGGGCCUAAUUCUAAGCUCAACCUAGUUGUUAAGCCUUUGGAGAAGGUGCUACUGGAAGAAGGCUCUGCCCACAAACUGGUGGACUCCCCACCUCCACCCAUCUGGCAGCUGAUCUCCAAAGUCCUGGCCCGUCACUUCAGUGUAGCAGAUGCCAGCAGGGUCCUGGAACAACUACAGAGGGAUUAUGACAGGUCCCUGAGCCGCCUAACACUGGAUGACAUCGAACGUUUGGCCAGCCGCUUUCUACACCCUGAAGUGACUGAGGCUAUGGAAAAAGGGUUCUCCAAAUAGCAUUUUGGGAUUGUGGGAAGAAAUCCCAGGUCUGGCCACAGCUGCAUGUUGCAUUAAAUGUGUUCUCAUUUCGCA